UUCAAAUUGUUGACAUUUUCUUGUUUUUUUUAAUUGAGAGAGAAUGGCAUGAAUCUUUCCUGCAUUUGCCGUCUCUGUAUUUUUUUUAAUCUCUAAUCACACAAUUAAUAUGUUUAUGUUAUGAUUAGAUACAAAUGAAAAAAACAGAAUAUAAACACAGUGCGUUUGAUUACUUCAUAACUUCAUUCUUUUCAAAGUAAACAAAAAACCAAAAAAUGCUUUGUAUUUGGUUGUGAAGAUUGAAUGAGUAAAAAUUGAAAACCUGCAAAAUGAGUUUUGCAGGUGGGAGAGAUGGAUCUAAAGGUUUCAUGAAGAGGGUUACAUCAACUUUCUCCACUAAGAAAAACAAGAACACAACAAAUGAUCCCAAACCACUACUUCCUCGGUCCAGAUCAACUGGUUCAAACUAUGAAUCCAUGAGGCUACUUCAUGGUCAGGGGAAAAGGGCUCUUCCAGAUGUUAACACAAAGAGAACCAAAUCUGCUGGUGUCUCUCCUCAGCCGAGGCGUCAAAAGAUCGGUGGAUCCGGGAAACAGUUCACCAAGCUGAGAUGUUUUGAUGACAGCGAUUCCGUUUGGCUGUCUUCGGAUUGCGCUUCUUCCAGCUCUCUUCUAGGGCAACGCAGAGUCUCUGUCUCGUUUCAUUUCUCGCUCGACGAAAGGGUUGUCUCUUGGUUAUCAAAUGCUGCUAAGAAUCAAGAUGACACCAUCUCCACCGAAGAGAGUCAUCAGAAAAGUUCAAAGAAGGCAAAAUAUUCUUCAGAGAGCAACAACAACAAGACUUGUCCAAGUGAAGAGUCAUAUGCGAGUCCUGAGUUGACUUUACAAGAAGACAAGAAAGUUAGCUUCUCUUUAGAAUCAGAGAUGUCUUUGGAGAAAGCUGCAGAGACUGGUGAUUCCAAGAGCAAGACCGUUGCGGAGCCGCUCUUCUGGCCGUAUGAGCAGAAGUUUGAUUGGACACCAGAUGAUAUAUUGAAGCAUUUCUCCAUAUCUCCUCGGCGAAAAAAGUCAACGGGAAAUAAAAGUAAUGGUACCUCUCCAAGAUCAAUGAGGGCACAGCUUCAGACAAGAAAGCUGGUUCUCAAAGAAGGGUGUAAGAGAAAACUCAUGUUCAAUGGUCCUGGAACAAGUCCAAAACAAGCGAGGACAAUCGGUAAUAAGAAAACCAAGAUGAGCAAGAACCAACAACAACAACCCAUCAUGAAGAGUUUGAAGAGGAACAAUAGUUUGCCAGCAAGUUUGAAGAGAAACUCGAGGGAGGAGGUACAUGUUCAAGCUGCCGAAGAGAGUGUAGAGAUGUGCAAAAAAACACCUAAGAAGCUUAUCAUGACACGCAGGUCCAGGACUUUCAUAGAAGAUGACUUUGCCUUGAUGAAUGAUUUCUCUAUAGAAAAUGCGGUGGGGCUUUGCGAGUUCAGGGGAAGAGAAGGCAUUGAUUCAGACUUCAACACCGAUGGUUUCUUGUUUGAAGAUGCUCUAUGAAAAAGAAAAAGCCUUUACAGGUUCGAGUCUAUAACAGCAUCUGCACUGUAGAUUAAGGAAUUCGGCUCCGAACCUCCUGGUAUUUUCAAAAAAAAAAGCAUCUGCAUUGGAGACAGUUUUAUUUCAAUAAUUGUGUAUCUAUUGGUACAAGUUUGGGAAUCUCUGAAAUGAGUUUGCGGAGAUAUGGUUUCCCUUCUUCUUGGAAUGUUUUAGCAGAAUAAUCGUUCCCCUUAUAUUAAACAUUGGCUACAUCUUGCUGUUUCCCUUUUCCUGAAAUAUUUGGUGUUGUGUGUUUCAAGUGAGUCAGAGAGAUAUAAUGUGUAUGUUUCUGACCACUCUAAGCAGAGACAAUUGUUAUUGAUAUCUUAUUAUUUGCCAAGAUAAUAUAGGAUGUGUUGAUCUCUUGCAAAUA